AUGGGCACAAGCGCCACCUUUACGACCGGACGGAGUCUCGACAAGGAGACGGAAGAUGUCGUCGACGCGGGGGAGAGGGCAGAUGGAGCUUCCGUCCAAGGAGAUGGUGACAUCCCUGGCCACAGUUCGGAUCACAAGAACCAUGAGACCACCGGCUCACCUUCACUCUCCCCUGAAAAAGCCUCGCCAGCAGGGCCAUCAGAGCCAGACGACAAAUACACCCACUGGACCUCCAUCCAAACCUCCCAUGCAAAGUCCCUUCUCACCCGACCCUCUCACAUCUCCAUCAUCCUCACUUCCUACUGUCUCAUUGCGCAAUCUGCCUCAUUCUACUUGGGCGGAGGCUGGCUUUGGUCGAUGGCUGCUCCUCUUGCGGUAGUCUGUCUGGUUCGGUCAAAGAGCCGAGGCAAAUGA